CAUGAAAUUGGACAAGAUAGAGAGAGAAAAGAGAGAGAAAGAGACUUCGCUCGGAGCCAGCCACCGCACAGCAGGCGCCGUAGAAAAUUAGGGUUCGUAGACGAGAGGAGAGAGCAGGGAAGGGAAGGGAGAGGAGGAGGCUCGAUAGGAGAAGAGAGAGAGAGAGAGAGAGAGAGAGGCGGAAGGAGACGAAGUUCCUUGCUGCCUUCCUCUUCUUCCUUGUCCAGAUUGGACUCUAGGGUUUCGUCCUCGUCAGCACCUUGGACGAGGUAUUUGAGAAUUCAAAUUACAUUCUCAUAUUGGUACCGAUGGCGAUGUGAACCUGGAGACAACAUGGUCUAAGGAAUUUGAAUCUUGCUCAUUUAUCUAGUGAUUUAUAAUGAUGCUUGAGGACUUCUUUACUCUAACGGAGAUGAGAGAUGGACUCUCGAGCCUUGGUAGGGUUGAAGAGUUGAUAUCCAUGAUUCAGAAACUAAAUGAUUCUUCUACAAGUAACUUGGUCGAUGCAGCUAGGCAAUGGUCUACAGUUGCUAGUGUUUUAGCAGCUACCGACCACAAGGAAUGUCUUAAUCAAUUUGUCGAGCUAAAUGGUCUUUCUUAUCUGAAAAAAUGGCUUCAAGAAGCGCUAGACAAUUAUACUGAUGACAACGGAAUUGUUGUGGAGGAACUGAUCCUUUCAUUAUUGACAUCAUGUGAGAAGCUUCUUGUGAAUCCUGAAAAAACAAAUGCAUCUGGAUUUGGAGCAACUAUUGAACUUCUCAUGGAUUAUAGAAGCAGUAAAAUUAAAGAUAAGGCUAAGCUAUUGCACGAUAGAUUGACUCUUGCAAAGAAUGGUGAUAUUCAUUUUGAUGGAUCUGAACCAGCUGAGGAAUUGCAGAUGAAUGAAAAUGGCUUGCAUUCUGGAAAUCCAUCUGUCAGCAUCCCUCUUUGCUCCAUGCAAGUUGGUGAAGACAAAUGUGAAGUAGAAUCUGCAAAAAGUAAAGUACAGGUAUCUAAUGUCAUAGGCUGCUCCCUUGAUUCCCCAAAUAAGGAGAGAGUUCCAACAUGCAAUCAAAUUUUUUCUGCAUCGUUGAAUCUAAUUGAUUCAAAUGCAGUUUUAGCAGAAAUAAGUUCAUCCCGAGUACCACUUGUUUCAAACUCAUGUCAGGAGAAUUUAUCUGUUUGCAAAACAGAAGAAAAAUGCACCACUGAAACUUGUUCGCAGUUUUGUCAGAAAGAAGAUGCAGAUGAUCAGUGUGAUGCGAUAGGCUCUAAGGAUGUCGCUGACAGUGUAAAAGAGAUCAAUAUGAAUAUUACAGAAGUCAAACCAAGUAAUUCCACUCAAAAAGAAACUGGUUAUCAUUCUUUAGCAUCUGCAGAACCUACUGUCUCAUCCAAAUUAGAUUCUUUCAACAGUGAUUCUUCUGCAUCAAAGGUAAUGGAACAUCAGCAAGUGAAUUGGAUUGCUGACUAUGGGCCGGACAGGCAUUUGAUAAAAGUCGAGGAGUCCAUGCCAGCUGCAGAUCUCACUACUAGUCUUCAAGAUCAUUCUGUCAAUGCUAGCAUCCCUAACGAUAUUAACAAUCCUCAGUUAUCUACUCAGGAGGAUGCUGUCAGUAGUGUCAUUAUGGAUCUUGAACGCGAGCUCAAUUUUAAGAGUCGCAAAAAUCAUUUUUCAGUAUCCUCUGAUUUCUUAAAAGCUGUGGGAACAAAGGCCAAUGAAGAGAUCAGUCAAAGGUCUGGACCAGGUCUUGAGGGCUUGGAUGAUGCAUUGGAGGUCGCAAGGCAAGUGGCUAUAGCAGUGGAAAGAGAGGUAGUUGAUUAUAGAGAGGUCUCUUGUAGCUCACCCGAUGUCAAUUCCAGAGAAGCAUCUGGUUCUCAUAGCCCUGUUUCUGAUGCACAGCAGGAUGAACAAAUGGCUGAACAAGUCGAUAGAAACAGUUCUUCUAUUGUAAAUGAGCAUACUAGGUCAUCGUCACCUGAGAAGGGAUCAGAGAUCACACAGAACAUUAGUUCUGGACGAGAAAACACUGAUCAAGAUAUAGUCUCGCCUGGGCCAAAAAUUCCCACGCAAGAAUCAUUUGGCAAGGUCAUUUUGGAUCGAUACACCUUUGAUCUGAAUGCAAAUAUUUGCAGCGAUGAACCUGAGUGUUCAAUGAAGAACAGUCCAAAAUUGCCUAUCAAUGUAUCUGCUCCUGUAGCUGUUGUGGCUUCUUCGAAAGGUGCUCCAGAAAUGCCUUCUCUCCAUUUUGGAGGUGAGAUGGGGUGGAAGGGGUCUGCUGCUACCAGUGCUUUUCGACCAGCAUCUCCUAGAAGAAUUCCAGAUGGCAAACGGGCCUCCUCUGGUCCCAAGCAGAAGUCAAUUUUUGUUGGAAUUGAUCUGAAUGUAGCUGAGAGUGACGAUGAGGUUGCUGGUGACGACCCCACUUUGGUGAAAGAGUUGCCUGCUUCCUCUAGUCUUCCAUCCGGAGAUUCAUGUGUCGAAGUCGGUUCAAAAACUGAGUUGUUGAAUUUGGAUCUUAAUCGCCUUGGGGAUGAGGACACCUCUGCACUUUUAUUCCCAUCGUUGAAAUUGAAUUUUCAAAAUGGGGAACGGAGCCUAUCUUCAGCUUCUUCUUCAUCUUAUAGGCAUUCUUCUUUUCGAGAUUUUGACCUGAAUGACAACCCAUCAUCGGCAGAUGCUGGUUCUCACAGCGUCAUCCAAUCAACAAUGAAGACUACUGAAUCGCUUGGAUGGAAAGCAGCACAUGAACCUGCCAUCAAAAUCAUGGGAGCAGAAAUAUCACUCACAAGGAAAGACAACACUAACAAAGCACAGCAAUUUGUCGUACCAAAUGGGAUGAUGCAAAUGGAGCCUGCUAUGUUUACCAGGCCAUUGCUUCCUUAUCCCGGCGCAUCAACCCCAGCUUAUGGGUUUGGCGGCCUUCCAACCGGGCCUGCCAUGGCGGUUCCUACAACAUAUUAUUCACCUGGAAACUUUUCCUACUUGGCCGAGACCAGAGGAAUGAUGGCGCAUAUACCGCAAGUUACCAACUCGGGUCUCGGCAUGUCUACUCCUAGGCCUUUUCACUUUGGUGCAGCUAAUAUGCACUAUACAGCUGGUUUUGGUGGCGCACACCCUGGUUUUGACCUAAAUAAUGGGAUGACACCACCAGAGAGUGUGAUCAGAGAAAGCGAGAGCCUCGGUCACCAUCCUGCUCUCGGUCAUCAUCCUUUGUUUAUGCAAGGGCAUAGAGGUUGGAUGGAAGACCCUACCCAGCCUUCUAGUUCUACAAUUCCAUUAAAGCGAAAAGAACCAGAUUCAGGUUGGGAGCCGCCGCCUCCUUUGAAUGGCUACAAGUGGAUGUCAUCGCGACCAUGAUUGUUUCGAUAAACCAGCUUAAAUAGUUAGUCGCUUACCCUUUCCGGCCCUCGAAUACUAGGGCCAACUAGAUAGAUAGAUGAUGUGGCGAUGACAAGAUGAUGAAACAAAUAAGGUUUAUAGAUAUAGCGGUAAUGCAAAAUUGAUUUAUCUGUAGGUUUUGGUUUGUUUAUAACGAAUGCUGCCUCCAUUGUCAUUGAUUAGCAGUUGUAGUUCCAGGUGCAUGGCAAGAGCCAUGAGGCUUUUGAUCAUUCAUUCCUUGGUUGGAAGUCUCUUUCUUCAUAAAGUCGUUUCUUAAUGCCAAAUUUGUGCAGGAUAGAGAAUUCCUUAUUGGCUUGAA